ACAGGAACCUGGAUCUGCCGGAAGUUGAGGACAAACGGUGUAGUCAUGUGCCUUGGAGGUACAGAGGGGACCCUAAGGUUUUGACCGCGGUAUGUAGCCAUGCGGACGCUGCAGCUGGUUUCCCGAUUCCGUGGAUUGGUUGAGGAAUUGCGCCUCCGCCAGCCUGCCUUUUACCGGCGUACCAUUUACCCGGCUUCACACGGGGGUCUUCUGCUCUCUGAUUGUCGUGCUCUGUCUGUUGGUAGCCGUGCUUGUGCAAAGGCCAGAGAUCUGGCCAAGAGAAAGAGGGACCUUUCAGAGAAGAAGCUGACGCGUUAUUUUGUCGAUCACCGGAAAGUUCGAAUAGUAGCCGGGUCCGGCGGGAAUGGCGCCUGCUGCUUUCAUAGUGAGCCAAGGAAAGAGUAUGGUGGACCAGACGGAGGGGACGGUGGAAAUGGUGGGCACGUAAUCUUCAGAGCUGACCCUCGGAUCAAGUCUCUGUCCAGCGUUGUCCCGGUGUACCAGGGUAACCAUGGAGAGUCGGGCAGGAGCAAUAAUUGCUUUGGAAGAAACGGAAAGCAUUUGUAUAUUGGGGUCCCUCUGGGCACACUAGUGAAGGAGGACGGAGUAGUACUCGCUGAUCUGUCUCAACCUGGGCAGGAGUUUUUGGCGGCUCACGGUGGAGUUGGGGGAAAAGGAAACAGAUUUUUCCUCACAAACGAGAACCGAGCUCCGAUGAUGGCCACGGCUGGUGAUCCGGGAGAGGAGAGGGUCCUGCAGCUGGAGAUUAAAACCAUGGCUCAUGCCGGCAUGGUGGGUUUUCCCAAUGCUGGAAAGUCUUCUCUGUUGCGCCUUCUGUCAAACGCUCGCCCCGCUGUGGCUUCGUACCCAUUCACUACGCUCAAUCCUCACGUGGGGAUCAUUAAUUACAGAGACUACGAGCAGAUCGCAGUGGCGGACAUCCCUGGCAUCAUUGAAGGAGCCCACCAGAACCGAGGCUUAGGCUUGUCCUUUCUGCGGCACAUCGAACGGUGCUGUUUUCUGCUCUAUGUCUUGGACCUCUCCCACCCGCAGCCCUGGAUCCAGCUGCAAUGCCUGCAGUAUGAAUUGAGGCAGUAUGACGACAGCCUCCCUGCCCGACCUCACGUUAUCGUAGCCAACAAGCUAGACCUUCCUCAGGCCCGAGCGACUCUGCAGCGGCUCCGCCAAGAGACGGAGAGUAAAGUUAUCGGAGUGUCGGCACUCACCGGAGAGAAUGCCGAGGAACUGAUACUCCACUUGAGAGAGAUGUAUGAUAAAAAUAGGGAGGACAGCAGGAAUAAAAGGCGUUCCUUGAAAUGGUGACCUCUGCGAACAUGUCCUCUGAACGCCAGAAGGACGUUCCUACAAAUCCAGAACAUUUUCAGUGUAACGCAAAAGAAACCUAAGCAGGAAUGGCUAAGAAAUGAAUAGAGGAAUUUUCCAGACUUCUACCCCUGUGCCUGUGUUUAUAAGAUGAAAUCGUUCUCUUCUCGCUGUGAUACAGUUCCACUUUUUUGACGAGAAAGGCACUGACGACAAUCUAUGGAACCGCUAGGUGGUGCUGUACACCAUGUAAAAUGUAUAAUAUAAUAGUUAUUUAAAAA